AUGCUCGGCAACCUGCCUCUGCGUGGAUACAAGGCGUCCAACUGGGAGGGCGGCGUGCGCGAGCCAGCCAUCGUUCGCUGGCCUGGGCGCAUCGCUGCGGGGGUGACCUCGUGGGCACUGGCGACGACGUACGACAUCUACCCGACCGUGAUGCGCCUCGCGGGCGGCUCGAUGCCGCCUGGCCGUGUGUACGACGGCAAAGACCUGAGCGCGGUGCUGCUGUCUGGCGCGUCCACGCCGCACGCCUGCCUAUUCCAUUGGCAUGACUCCGAGCUGGGGCAGGGCGGGCGAGGGCUCUCGGCGGUCCGUUGCGGGGACUACAAGGCGCACUUCUACACGCAGAACGAUUACGCCACGGAGGCGAACCGGAGCAAGUCGUGGCCCGCAGGGAAGCAGGACCCGCCGCUGCUCUUCCUGCUGACGCAGACCGAGCAGUCGGAGACUGUGCAGGUCGACCCAGCGUCUGAGGAGUACGCCUCGCACAUGAAGGUCAUCGGCCGCGCGAGGGACGCGCAUCUCGCAAGCAUUGCGCCUGUCUGCUCUCAAAACAAGGCCAGUGAAUGUGGCGGCACAAAUUGGUCAUACGCCGUUUGCGCCGACCACGACUCCAAGAGCAAGUUUCCCCAAUGGCCGCUGUGUACGAUUACCCCAGCGGGAUGGACGGCCAAGACGUGUGUUUGA